AUGAGCCUUCACACCCCAACCCCACUCCUGAAACAGGCAAGGCAGGCUCUGCUGAGAAAUGAGGAAUUGGCCAUCUCUGCUGUGGAACAACUGCCCAUAGAGCUCUGCCCAGGCCUAUUGAAGGAUGCCUUCAAAGGCAGACACACUAGGAUCGUGAAGGCAAUGGUGGCAGCCUGGCCAUUCCCCUGCCUCCCUGUGGGGACAUUGAUGAAGACCCCCAACUUAGAAACCUUCCAGGCUGUACUUGAAGGAGUAGACAUGCAGCUGGCAAGAAACUUUCACCCCAGGUGCCUGAGAAGCCCCUUGAAGACUCUCUCCAUCACUGGCUACAUUCUGUCAGAGUAUGACUUCAAUUAUUUACCCUGUUGUCAACGCCUAUGGUGGCUCAAACAUCUGACCAUAAGCGGUGUGGAAUUAUGGGCUUUAAAUCCCCUGCCUCUCCGACUUCUGCUAGAGACUGUGGCACAUACUCUGCAGUCCCUGGACUUGCAGGGUUGUAGGAUGGAGGACUCUCAGCUCACUGUCCUCAUCCCUGCCCUCAGCCGGUGCACCGAGCUCACGAACAUUAACUUGUAUGACAAUGACUUCUCUGCGCCCAUCCUGAAGGACCUUUUGCUGCACACCGACAACUGGAGCAAGAUUAAUGGGGAGCAAUACCCUGCCCCUAUGGAGUGCUAUGAUGACUCGUGGUGCAUUGACACAGGAAGAUUCCUCCACCUUUGUCCUGAGCUCAUGGAUGCACUCAGGGCCAAGAGGCAGGCCAAAAGAAUCGUCGUGGCUACAAAUAUCUGCCGUCUAUGUGGUGUGCGUUGUGUCUAUGACCUGGGUCCCAGACUUUGUCUUUGCUGGCAGUAA